CGCAGGCGCCCUCGGAGACGAAUCGCGGGUUUCCGGUUCCGCCGCCCUCUUUCUCGUUAACGAGGCGGCCGAGCGGGUCGAUUCCGGCGGCCUUGCGGGAGACGCAAAGAUGCAGAUCUUUGUGAAGACCCUGACGGGCAAGACCAUCACCCUUGAGGUGGAGCCCAGUGACACCAUUGAGAAUGUCAAAGCCAAAAUCCAGGACAAGGAGGGCAUCCCGCCCGACCAGCAGCGUCUGAUUUUUGCGGGCAAACAGCUGGAGGAUGGCCGCACCCUCUCGGACUACAACAUCCAGAAAGAGUCCACCCUGCAUCUGGUGCUGCGUCUCCGCGGGGGCAUCAUUGAGCCCUCGCUGCGCCAGCUGGCCCAGAAGUACAACUGUGAGAAGAUGAUCUGCCGGAAGUGCUACGCCCGCCUGCACCCCCGCGCCGUCAACUGCCGCAAGAAGAAGUGCGGGCACACCAACAAUCUGCGCCCCAAGAAGAGGCUCAAAUAAGGAAGGCCCCUCGAUGCGCCGCACCCCCGGGCUGCCGUUAUUGAGGCCCUGCUGCCUCAAUAAAGUUACCCUUUGAUUGACUGGA